CCUCCCACUCCUCUCCCCUCCUCUCCUCGGGCAGCCCAGUCGUCGUCGCGACCGAGGACCAGACACCAGACGCGGGCGGGCGGGGAGCUCGAGGCGAAGGCACAGCAGCGGCGGCGGCGGCGGCGAGUCAGGGCAGGGCCAGCGAUCAGCGAUGGGGUUCGUCUCCUUCGUCGGGAGGGUGCUCUUCGCCUCCGUCUUCCUCCUCUCCGCCUACCAAGAGUUCAGUGAGUUUGGAACUGAUGGAGGACCAGCAGCGAAGUCUCUGAAGCCCAAGUUCAACCUGUUUGUCAAGCAGGUGUCCGCCGGCAUUGGGAUGGCGGUGCCACACAUUGACAUCAAGUCUGUCAUUGCCUUCACCAUGUUUCUUAAAGCCUUUGGUGGUCUCCUUUUCAUCAUCAGCAGCUCGUUUGGAGCGCUCGUCCUGCUUGUUUACUUGGCAUUCAUAACCCCUGUCGUGUACGACUUCUACAACUACGACAUGGAGUCCCAGCAAUUUGCCAAGCUCUUCACCAUGUUUUCACAGAACCUGGCCCUCUUCGGCGCGCUGCUCUUCUUCCUAGGAAUGAAGAACUCCAUCCCAAGGAGGCACUCCAAGAGAAGGGCCGCAAAGGCCAAGACAACCUGAAGCCAGCCAACCAAGCCAAGGGGUUGUGGUAGGAGGGGAAGCUAUCAAUAUGGAAACUCGUCGUGUUUUACGCAUACUUUUGGAGCAGUACAUGUCCCGCUUUUUGCCCAUAGGAUUCGUGAGCUGGGGACCUGCAGAAUUCGAUAUGUAGGAGUUUUAAGCCGUCUUGCUCAGUUAUGUUUUUCGGUUUUAUCGCGGUGGGUUUUAUUUUAUGCCUUGGUAUGGUAGUCUUGUGUUUUGCUACAGAAGAAAACUGCAUGUCUCCAUUCAGGAUCAAAGGAUACAUUCUUGACUGCGCUUGAUUUCGAUCGUGUCCUUUUCGAUCCCGAAAUGCAGAGAUGUUUUUCUUUGGGCGGGGAAAAUGAA